AUGAUUGUGUUUUACUUACUGCUGAUGCUCAGAGUGGGGCGAUGCACAGAUGAUCAGAUCUUUGAGACCAGGACUGUUGGUGUGGGAGGCGAUGUGAGACUGACUUGUACUCGCAAGUCUACGGGAAUCUUGUUUUGGAUCAGGCUUGUUUCUGGAGAAUUUCCUAAAGUCUUAGGAAAAACAUUUAGCUUUGAGAGUGAUCCUCGCAUUACAGCCACAGAGGAGCCCGGGACAUUUGUUCUGCAUAUUACAAAAGCAAGGCUAAGUGAUACUGCAGUUUACUACUGUAUGAGAAUACAUCAACACAACUUCACAUUUUUGAAAGGAGCAGUCCUGAGAGUUGAAGGACCAGAACUUGAUCCCACUGCUGUCCCUCCAGUCGGUCCAGGAGACUCAGUGACUCUGCAGUGUUCAGUCCUCUCAGACUCUGAGAACAAGACGUGUCCAGAAGAACAAAGUGUGUUCUUUUUCAGAGCUGGAUCACAUCCAUGUGGCCCAGGUUUUAAUUAUAUCCAAAGAAAGAGUUUUGAAGAACAUGAAAGGGAUCCAGUGGGACUCUCAACAAAUAAAUGUAUCUACAGCUUCUUUAAGAACAUCAGCUCCUCUGAUGGCGGGACUUAUCACUGUGCUGUGGUCACAUGUGGGGAGAUAUUUUCUGAAAACGGAUCAAAACUGGACAUUGAAGGAACCAGCGUGUGGUCACAGAAGGCCAAUACAAUUAUCUUUCUUCUGUGUGCUGUCUUGGCUUUAAGUCUGAUUGUUACAGCCUUCCUCAUUCACGCCAUCAAGAGAAACAACAGUAAGUGA